AAUUAAACAAAAAAGUAUCUUUGAACACUAAACAUCAGUUACAGUAGUUCUACGACAUCCUAUUGAAGACAACGACUACUUUGUAUAGGCCGGUAUUUAAAGCUGGCAAUUUUGUUGUCGUUGUCGUUUACGUUUUAAGCACAUGAGCCCUCAUCGUGUACGCAGAAUGAGUCACAGUUAUAAUGACAUCCCAGUGGGAGUGUUGGCUGUACAAAAAUUGGCCAGAAGUUGCUGCCCACAAGUGAGAUUCAAAAAGGAAACCAUUUUUAAGGCCUCCAUUUUUGGUCUUACUUAUAUGGCCUACACUUGCUAUCACAUGUCGCGCAAACCCAUAUCAGUGGUUAAAUCGGUUCUACAUACAAAUUGUUCCACAGAUAUAACGCACAAUGCCAGCACAAAUGACUGUGGCUAUGCACCGUUUGAUGAUUCAAGUGCUCCUGCCAAAUUUGCCAUCUUAGAUUCAGCCUUCCUUUUUGCCUAUGCUGCCGCUAUGUUUGUUUCUGGCUUUGUAGCUGAACGUGUUUCAAUAAGAUAUUUCCUAGCAUUUGGUAUGAUCUUCUCGGGUGUAUUUUCAUAUCUUUUUGGUGUGGCGAAAACAUGGAACAUACACACUAUGGCUUAUUUUGUAAUAGUACAAGCCUGUGCGGGUAUAGCGCAAACUACUGGCUGGCCAGGUGUGGUUACUUUAGUUGGUCGUUGGUUUGGUAAAUCAAAACGAGGCUUGAUUUUUGGCAUUUGGAAUAGUCACACCUCGAUAGGUAAUAUUGUGGGUACUUUAAUAGCGGCUCAUUAUUUGGAGACCGACUGGGCAUUGUCGUUUAUUGUGCCGGGUAUAAUAAUAGCUAGUUGUGGUUUUCUGCUGUUUCUGUUUAUGGUCGACAGACCAGAAAUGGUGGGUUGUCAUCAACAACUUGCUGCCAGUGCUGAGAGGUCACCAACUAAUGAUUCAGAUAUCGAAGAUAAUAAUGAGACGGUGGGAACUGUCAAUAAUUAUGCAGCAGAAGUUAAUUAUCGGCCAUCUGAACGUACUCCCAUUUUGGAGCGUCCUCACGAUCAUGGCCAUCCAGAUGCACGUCCCAUUAGCUUAAUUGACGCUUUGUGUAUACCGGGUGUUGUGGAGUUCUCACUUUGUUUAUUCUUUUCGAAAUUGGUCAGCUAUACAUUCAUGUAUUGGCUGCCUUUGUAUAUACAAUCCUCUAGUACUUUGAGUCCAACUUUAUCGGCUGAUUUAUCGAUACUUUUUGAUGUUGGUGGUAUUUUUGGAGCUAUCGUUGCCGGUAUGGUGUCCGAUUUGUCGGGAAUGUCGGCAACCACAUGCUCUGUGAUGCUGUUUUUAGCCGCGCCCGUGCUUUUAAUGUAUCAGCAAUAUGGUAAUACCUCCGUUUUCUUGAUAAUAUUUUUGCUGAUUCUGACUGGUUUUCUUGUUAAUGGGCCCUAUGCUUUAAUUACUACUUCGGUCAGUGCUGAACUGGGACAGCACAGUUCUUUAGAAGGCAAUGCCAAAGCCUUGGCCACCGUUACUGCCAUUAUAGAUGGCACAGGCUCCAUAGGUGCUGCUGUUGGUCCCUUAAUGGCGGGUAUGGUAUCGGGUUUUGGUUGGCAAAAUGUUUUCUAUAUUUUAAUUUUAUCCGAUAUUAUAGCCAUGAUUAUGUUAGUUAAAUUGGUUAAAAAAGAAUGUUCACAUUUAAGAAGAUCUACACGAAUACGUAUAGAAUAAAUUUGUUUUAUUAUUUAAAAGAAACAGAAAAACAUCCACAAAAUAUUUUUUGUAUUGCCUUCUCAUAUCAUUAAAUGUUAAUGUUUAAGUAGAAUUAUGUAUGUAUUGUUUUUUAAAGUUUACUUUACUAUUUUAUACGCUUAGAUGUUUGUUUUAUAUUUUGAAAUAUGUAUGUUUUUUUUUGUUUAUUAUUCAAUAUUGAUGUGUAUUUAGAGUUGAGGCUGUUUUACUUCAUAAAACCAUUUUAUAUUAAUUUUUAAAAAUGAGAAACUCAACAGACUAUAUUUUUAAUUGUAUUUGAAGAAAGAUAAAAAUAACUAUUUUACCUUUUUAAGCAUUUAAUAAAAUUAAAAAAAAACACAAAUAUUUUUUGUAAAAAUAA